CAGAGUGCAUCGGGGCGGCGGUCCGCUCGCACCUGAGCCUGCCGCCUAGGGUGCUGCCUAGGGCGCCGGCGGAGGCGGCAGCGGGGGCCGGCAGAGAGGCUGCAGGCGGGGGCCGGGGGGCGACCGGUGCUGGCGGGCAGGGCAGGGCUGCUGCUGCGGAUGCGGAGGCUGAGGCGCUCUCCACCGCCGCGGAGGAGGUGUUGCAGCGGCCCGCGAAGCGGCGGCGGGCCGGCAGCGCGGGCGGAGGAGGCAAGCAGUCGCAGCACCCUGGCUCAAAGUUUGGCAACCUCCACGAGAUGUUCGCCAGCCAGCUCGCCGCCAAGCAGCGCACGCAGGCGGAGGCGCGAGGCGGCCGAGACGCAGCCGAUGAGGGGGGCGCAGGGGCCGCAGCCGCAGGGGCCGCCGGAGCCGGUGCGCCGGCGGACAGCAGCGGCACUGCCGGCGGCCGCAGAGGCGCCCGGGGGAGUUCGGACAACGUGGCUCCCGCGGCUGCAGCGGCUGGCAGUGCAGCCGUCGUCGUACGGUUCGUCACGGGGCUGGCGCCGCAAGAGGGUGAAGUCGUGGACACGAGCGCCGCAGGCGCGCUGUCCCAGCUGGAGCGGUUCGUGUGCCAGCUGCUGCCGCCCGCCUGCCCCGAGCUGCUGCUGCUGCUCGCCCAGACGGCGGCGGAGUGGGCGCAGCGGGCAACUGCGGGGGGCCAGGGCGCACCGCCACCACCGCCGGACAUACCGCAAGCGGAGCCGCUGCCGGACGCUGCUGCAGCGGCUCGUACAGCCGCAUGCCGUGUGUGUUGUGUCGUACUGUUCGCAGUGCUGCGGGAACGUGCGGGUGCCGUGCUGCGGCCGCGAGCUGAAGCCGCGGUGGGGUCCCGGGCAGCUGCUAGAGGCGGCGGGGCCGGGGCUGGGGGCGGUGGCUCCAGGCGCACCCACGUCGGCGGAGAUGUGGGCGGCGGCUGCGUGGCCGUCUCGUCGGCGCUGAGUGCAGCAGUGGUCGCCAUACUGCGAUGUGUGCCGGCCCUGACCCGGCCUCUCAGCCCCGCCGCGGGCAGCGAGGAGGUCGCCCCGGGGGCUGCCGCGGCUGAGGUGCUGGUGCAGACCGCCCUCUGCCUGGCCGCAUGCAGCCUGGGGGCCGCCGCGACCGCCCGGCUGCACCUGGCGGGGCAGCCGCAGGCCCAUGCGGGCAAGGAGGAGGGGAUGCCGCCGCCGGCUCCCCCGGGCCCCCUGCCGCCGCUGGGUCUGCAGGCGGCCCUCACCGCGAUGGAGCGCUGCGCCAAGCUGGCGGCGCAGCUGGCGGGGGCGGGGGCGGGGCGCGAGGCCCCCUCCGAGGGUCGGCUGGCUGCUGCUGCGCUGCUGGGCGCUGCGGGCC